GGAGGCUCCCAUUUGCCGGCGCUGCGCACCGGGCUGGCUUACCGGGCACCCAGGAAGCCGCCAGGCUGCUCCCUCCCCUGCCUCGGCUCACCCAGGAAGCUUUUUCUCUUCCCCGGCUCCAAAGUUUGCUCGCAGGAGCCUCGGGGAAAGGGGGGGGGACCCGCCGAGCACGGGUGCAGUCCUCUCUUCAAACGUGUCGCUAAGUUACAGGCAACCACUCCCUAACGGUGACUCUUGUACAGCCAUCCUGGGAGGGUUGGAGGCGAAGAUGACAACGCUAACGCAUCGAGGACGAGGAAAGAACUCGGACAAGAAGCCCGACAGCGAGGAAGACGCGGCUGCGGACAGAGACCUGAAAGAUGAAGACGCCAAUGACUCCAAAGAUAUCCGCCUCACCCUCAUGGAAGAGGUGCUGCUUCUGGGACUGAAGGACAAGGAAGGCUACACGUCCUUCUGGAAUGACUGCAUCUCUUCAGGCCUGCGAGGCGGCAUCCUCAUUGAACUAGCGCUGCGUGGCCGGAUCCAGCUGGAGCCGCUCACCAUGAGAAAGAAGCGGUUGCUGGACAGGAAGGUAAAGGUGGUCUUAAAGUCAGAUGCUCCAACUGGUGAUGUCUUGCUGGAUGAGACCCUCCGCCACAUCAAGGCUACAGAGUCUGCAGAAACAGUGCAGACCUGGAUAGAGCUGCUCACUGGAGAAACCUGGAACCCUUUCAAACUGCAGUACCAGCUGAGGAAUGUCCGUGAACGCAUAGCCAAGAACCUGGUGGAGAAAGGCAUCCUCACCACAGAGAAGCAGAACUUCCUGCUCUUUGACAUGACCACCCACCCCGUCAGCAAUGCCACUGAGAAGCAGCGGCUGGUCAAGAAGCUCCAGGAGAGCAUGCUGGAGCGCUGGGUGAAUGACCCCCACCGCAUGGACCGCAGGACUUUGGCUCUCCUGGUGUUGGCCCACUCCUCGGACGUGCUGGAAAAUGUUUUUGCCAGCCUGGCAGAUGACAAGUACGACUUGGCUAUGAACAGGUCCAAGGACCUCCUGGAUUUGGACCCUGAGAUGGAAGCUCCCAAAGCCAAAGGCACAGAGAUGAUCUGGGCCGUCCUGGCGGCUUUCAACAAGUCCUAAUCACCCCCCAAAGCCCCACAAACUGGACAGCGGAGCUUCACCCUCUCAACACGGGGCCAAGAAUAUUUGGGCACAGAACUUCCUGUAGCACCGGGUGGGCUCUGCUCUGUUGGGGCUUGUGUGUUCAGCUCUUUCCCCGCGCCUUCCCUUGGCAGGGGUGGAAAGGAUGAGUGUGUGUGUGUGUGUGUGUGUGUGUGUAUGACACAUCUAAACUGUGCCUGUGCCUCUGGUGAGAUGAGGUUACAGCUCUUAAAUCCCCUUGCGGUGCUUCUCACCAACAUACUUCCCUCUCUUCAGAGCAACACAAAGCUGGGAGGGCUGUGAGCUUACGCGCUGCUUGGGCCCCGCUCGGCCCUGGCUUUGCGCGCAGGAACCAAACUGCUCAAAUGGUCCAAACCACGGUGAAAACAGACCAAGUCAGGCUAGAAAUGGGCCAGCGGAGCAGCCUCUGCUCCCUGCCGUCCCUGGGAUGCGCUCCUGGCGCCCGGGCUGGCUCCAUGACUGCCUUUCACACGUGAACACCAAGGUUUUGCUUGCUCUCGCCGGCUUUACACUGGAAGCAGAGGAGGUUUCUGAGACCAGCCUUGGGGCAGGGAGGACGUCCUGUUUGCAGAGUUACUUGGGAGAUGGGUUUUUCCUUACGGACUUCUUUGGGAAGUUGACGGGGCAGGGAGAGCGAUUCAGUGCUGGAAGGAUUUAGGGAUGCUGCUGUCUUUUGGGGCUCACUGUGAGGGUGACACUUGUUUGUCCAGCCUCCUUCCUACCGAGUUCUGGGGCCUGUGACUCCUGGGAUGCCCUCGGCUUGCUGGGGGAGCAUGGAGGAAGUGUGUUCUGGGAUAUGCCGUGGCUGCCGUUUCCGCAUGGACAGGUUCUGACCUAUUUACUGGCUGGAGAAG